CAGCCCAGGCCAGCUAAACAACAAUGACAACUGCAACAAAAAAAUAGCCCCAUACACUGGGGCUGGCAGGUUCACACCCAGCCUGGGCCAGCUAAACAACAAUGACAACUGCAACAAAAAAUAGCUGGGUGUUGUGGCAGAUGCCUGUAGUCCCAGCUACUUGGGAGGCUGAGGCAAGAGAAUCACUUAAGCCCAAGAGUUCAAGGUUGCUGUGAGCUGUGACCAUGGCACUCUACCGAAACUCUGUCUCAAAAAAAAGAAAGAAAAGAAAUUAUGUUUGGUUUGACAAACUCAGGCUCCUGCACUAUACCAAACCCCAUGACAGUGUAAAGGGUUACAGAGACCUCUAGGGCCCACUCUCAAUGCGUAGGGUGAGGGAGGAUGGAUGAUGCCAAAGGCUGAAACCAGCUCAAAUGAAACAGUCUUAUUCCUGGACAAAUGCCCCCUCACCCAACAGGGUGGGUGUCAAAGCUGCCAGCUUAUAGUAGGAGCCAGAAUCCACUUUCCACAUAUCCUAUUUGAACUGGCCUUCAGUUCUCAGUGUCCAAGGCCCUGGCACCCCCUCGUGGCCUCUUGAGUCUGGCAGAGUUGAAUAUUAAAAGACAGCCAGGUUUCAGGGAAGGAGUCCAGCCAGGAGGCUCAAGGCCCCCGGAGGGGGCUUUGAGAGCCUAAGGUUUGGGUUUUCUGAUGGAGGGUUAGGGGUAAGAAGUCUCCAGAGCAGUGGUUCUCAACCUGUGGGUCACGACCCCUUUGGACUGUAUUAAAGGUUCGCGGCAGCAUUAGGAAAGUUGAGAACCACUGCUCUAGAGCCGGGAAGCUCAACACUGCAGGCUCAGCCUGAACGAUUUCUGCCCAGCACUGUGCUCCACACUCAAAACAGUUCACCAGAUCCCUAAACUGAGGCAAGCAGGCCCCAGAACACCUACAGGGGACAGCAGGAGCAGGCCUCCUUAUUCCUCAUGCUCUAGGGAGCACCAGACCUUCUCUGGGACCUUGUUACCCAAUCUGACAACAGGCCUACAAAACAUUCUUUGGAAAAGCCUGGCCACAUGUACACAUAACAUGUAUGUGCAAGCAUAAAUACAUGUAUAGGCACACACAUGCCUAUAAAUGUGCACACACAUAUACUCAAGUACAGGCAUGUUCAUGUAUGUGCACAGGGCAAGUACACACCAACAAACAUUGCACAUGUACAUGCAUUUACACAUUCAUGCACAGACACGCAAACCCACACAAAUGCUUAAAAUAUAAGCAUGUGUGCAUGAAGAGAUGUGCACAAAACCACACUUCAUAUGUGCGUAUACUUAAGCUUGCACACAGCCACAUGAAGACUCAAGAAAAGUGCAUGUACCCAUGAAGGCACAGACAGACAUGUAAGAGGGCAUGCACCCAUGAAGGCACAAACACUUAUACACACAGGUAUAUGUGCACAGACGUGUCAAAUUGUUGUUUAUUUGGUGCUAAUAAAGGACAGACACAUAAACCCAGGCAUAAGAGCAGCAUGCACACCCACUGGAGUCCUUGCAGAGGCCCUGGCAGAUCCAGGCCUUGGAAUGGGGCAAAUGUAAUGUCUACCUUGACUCCUUGCAGAGCAUAAAAUGGUGCAGAGUCACCCAACCCUUUUCAAUCACUACCUGAGCCUCCACUUCCUCAUCAGUAAAAUAAUGGGGCUGAUGAUAUGGGCACCCAUCCCCCAGGGCCAAUGGGAGCUUCCAAGAUAAAGAAUGUGCUGAGCUUAGGCAGGCAGCAGGUGCUCCUUGCAUGCUUCUCCCAAUGCACCCUCUUGCUGCCAGUCCCAAUCCCACUGCCCCCAUACCCAGGGCUCUGGGGCCUACCCUCCCGUCUCUCAGCACUGAUCCUACCAAACAUGUCUCCCCACUGGGGGGCAGAGGCAGGACUGUCUUCUGGGCCUCACCUAGAGAGUGGGGUUGGGGUAUAGCUGGGGUGCAGAGUCAGCAGUUGAGGGAUUGGGGCCAUGCCAGCCUGAUUAGAGGUGUUGUGAAGGCUGAGCUGGCUUCACCUGUCCUUGUCUCUGAUUGGCUUUUGGAUACCUCCAGGCCCCAAAUCCUACUAAGCAGUUCCACCAGGGCCUGCACAGGUCUGUGCAAAGCCAGUUGACUGCAGGUCCUCCUAGGGCCAGAAAGGGUACCUGGAGAGAAGCCUAGCUUUUGGGAUCCCCAGAAGACCCACCUGCCCACACUGUCCCUUUAACUGCUGUUGGGACCAUGGGGGCUGGGGCCAGUGCUGAGGAGAAGCACUCCAGAGAACUGGAAAAGAAACUGAAAGAGGAUGCUGAGAAGGAUGCUCGAACAGUGAAACUGCUGCUUCUGGGUGCGGGUGAGUCCGGAAAGAGCACCAUCGUCAAGCAGAUGAAGAUUAUCCACCAGGACGGGUACUCCCUGGAAGAGUGCCUCGAGUUCAUAGCCAUCAUCUAUGGCAAUACGUUGCAGUCCAUCUUGGCCAUCGUGCGCGCCAUGACCACACUCAACAUCCAGUACGGAGACUCCGCCCGCCAGGACGACGCCCGGAAGCUGAUGCACAUGGCUGACACUAUCGAAGAGGGCACAAUGCCCAAGGAGAUGUCGGACAUCAUCCAGCGGCUGUGGAAGGACUCGGGUAUUCAGGCCUGUUUUGAUCGCGCCUCAGAGUACCAGCUCAACGAUUCCGCUGGCUACUACCUCUCUGACCUGGAGCGCCUGGUAACCCCGGGCUACGUACCCACUGAGCAGGACGUGCUGCGCUCCCGUGUCAAGACGACUGGCAUCAUCGAGACGCAGUUCUCCUUCAAAGACCUCAACUUCCGGAUGUUCGACGUGGGCGGGCAGCGCUCUGAGCGCAAGAAGUGGAUCCACUGCUUCGAGGGCGUGACCUGCAUUAUAUUCAUCGCUGCUCUGAGCGCCUACGACAUGGUGUUGGUGGAGGACGACGAAGUGAACCGCAUGCACGAGAGCCUGCACCUGUUCAACAGCAUCUGCAACCACCGCUACUUUGCCACAACGUCUAUCGUGCUCUUUCUCAACAAGAAAGAUGUUUUCACCGAAAAGAUAAAAAAGGCUCACCUCAGCAUCUGCUUCCCAGACUACGACGGGCCCAACACGUACGAGGACGCCGGCAACUACAUCAAGGUGCAGUUCCUCGAGCUCAACAUGCGACGUGACGUGAAGGAGAUCUAUUCCCACAUGACCUGCGCUACCGACACGCAGAACGUCAAAUUUGUCUUUGACGCCGUCACUGACAUCAUUAUCAAGGAGAAUCUCAAAGAUUGCGGCCUCUUCUGAGGUGGGGUCCUCGCUGGCCCAGACACGCCCCUCCCCUCCCCAUUGGUCUCAGUAUCCCCAAGCCUGGCCCCAACACUCCCCUGCCAAACGAACCCCACUCCUGCAGACUCUGCCCUAGAUCUGCACACCCCACUUCAGCUCUUCUACCCUGCACCACCUCCUGGCAACCCCAUUUCUCUCUGCUUCCAAGCCCCACACUGCCCCUCAGACUCCAUCCCACUGCCACAGGCCCCUCCUCCAGCUCACAAGUCCUGCCAUUUUAUUUUAUUUUAUUUUAUUUUAUUAUUUUAUUAGAGACAGAGUUUCAUUCUGUCACCCUCGAUAGAGUGCCGUAAUGUAAUAGCUUACAGAAACCUCAAAUUCUUGGGCUCUAGCAAUCCUCUUGCCCUACCCUCCCCAGUAGCUGGGACUACAGGCACCCUCCACAAUGCCCAGCUAGUUUUUCUAUUUUUAGUAGGAGGGGGAAGUCUAACUCUUGCUCAGGCUGGUCUUGAACCUGUGAGCUCAGGCAAUCCACCUGCCUCAGCCUCCCAGGGUGCUAGGAUUACAGGCAUGAGCUACCUUGCUAGCUCCACUUAAUUUAUUUUAGCCACAGGCCCCAUUAUCUACCACCCCACUCCCAGUGUCUCAGCUUCUAGGGCUACCUUACACAAUUCCUAAACCCUUUUAUUUUUAGUCUCAGGUAUGGUGACUCAGUUUCCUUUUCUCUUCACAUGUGCCUGAACUCAUGCAUGUUCCUUGCCCUGAACCCUGUAGCCUAGCUGCCUUGUAGUCCCAGCUCACAGGGCCCUAUCAGCCCCACCCCCACCCCCCAACCCCCACCUGCCACCUCACCAGCCACAAACCCAAAGCCCUGAGACCUGCUAGUCUUGAGAUGCACAUACAAUACUCCUCCAUGCCCCCAACCCAGCCCUGCCCUUCACCACCUGGCUGCACUGGCCUCAGGACUCACAGCAGCCAGCCCCAGCUAGGAACAGGCAGGACUUGGGACAGCUGAAGCUCACAGUGACUCAGCAGUGCCCAGAUGACCAAUCUCCUGAAGCUGUCUCGGCCCUGGGGCCCACGGCUCACCUGGUGAGUCCAGGCUCAGCAAACAGCCCUCCCUUCCAGAGUUCUGUGCAGGGCAGAGGGCACACACCCCCCUCCCCACUUGAGCAGGCCUGGUGCUUACCAGCAGCCCAGUCCAGCCCUGCCACCUCCAUGUGGCAAGUCUGACACCUGUCUAUACAGUGGCCAUUGACUAUUCCUCCCAGCAGCUUCAGGGGUCUAAAGUCCAAGAUAACUCUGGCCUGUGCAGUCCCCACAUAGAUUAAUUAGUGGUGGGGGACAGUCUGGGUAACCCCUGGGGGCCGGGAGAGAUAGAAGCAGGACCCUUCUCCAAAUACCAAGCUCAGAGUAACCCCCAGACCUUUCCUCAGCAGGAUCUGCCCCAUGUCCUUGGACACCAGAUCUCCCCCACCCACACACAGUACUCUGGGCUGGCUGGCCAAGGGGAUGGUUUGUUGAGGGAGGGUACUAUUGACAUCAGCUAUGGCCAAUAGUCAAGUUGUUCCGAGGGAUGGCUAGGGACAGAGUCCAGCUCCUAUUGAUCAGCCCCAGGCAGAAGAUUCAGGAUAGGACAGAGGCCCAGGCUGUGCCCCAAAGCAAACCCAGGUGACCCUCUUGUUCCUGCCAGCAGAUUCUCUUACCCUCUGCAUUCAGGGCCCUUUCCCUGGAGGGGAAACUGAGGACCAUGCCGGAACCAUCAGUGAUAAAAGCCCAUUUCCCUCUAUUCCCUAUUCCCUCCUUCCUCAUCAAGCACUGAGUCUUUGCUUAUGUAUGUGGGCCAGGGCUUGUGCUGCAGUUAGGGACAAGGAGCUUCUGUCCACAAGACCAGGGCACAAUUCUUACUCCCCUCAGCUAGAUGUGCAAACUCAGCAAUAAACAUUUG